AUGCUGAGAAUAGAUUUUGAAGAGGUUAAAGGUAGAAGGAAAUUAUGGAAAUGGAGAUGGGCGGCAAGAGAGGAUAACUUUUAUGUUUUGGACGAGUGGCUAAGCCUAAAGGAAAGGGAGGACAGAUUCCACCUGAUAAAGAUGGUAAGAGAGUUAGAGGAAAAGAAGACGGAAAAAGGUGAGAAACUUAAGAUAAGAUUAGAAAACAAAUGGAUUAAGAUCGGAGAAGAAUGGUUCAAAUGGAACAGGAAAGAAGGAGGACUAAACAAGAUCACAGAAGAAGAAACAGAUGAAGAGCCGUUAAUAGAGAGUUGGAAAGAAGCGAUGCUGUGCGAGAUGAGGAUGCAGGAAGAAAAUAAAAAAGGAGAUAGAGAAGAAAAAGGUGAAAAUACAAGAGUCAGAAAGAGUAGAACAAAAAAGGAAAGAAAUGGAACAAAAAAGAAUAAGAACACGCAGGGAGAAGCAGAAGAGAAAGGGAAGGAAGAGAUAAAGAAGAAAAAUAGUUCAAGUCGCGAGUCGGGCAGAGCUUUGCCCUACCAGUAA